AUGCCGGGCUUCACCUGCUGCGUGCCGGGCUGCUACAACAACUCGCACCGCGACAAAGCGCUGCACUUCUACACCUUCCCCAAGGACGAGGAGCUGCGGCGCCUCUGGCUGAAGAACGUCUCCCGGGCGGGCGUCAGCGGCUGCUUCAGCACCUUCCAGCCCACUACGGGCCACCGCGUCUGCAGCGAGCACUUCCAGGGCGGCCGCAAGUCCUACCUAGUACGGGUCCCCACCAUCUUCCCGCUGCGCGGCGUCAACGAGCGCAAGGCGCAGCGGGCCGCCCGCCGCCCCCGCCCCGCUGCUGCUGCUGCCGCCGCUGCCGCCGCGCAGGGCCCCGCUGCUGCCGCUGCCGUCGCGGUCCCGGCAGGGGGCGGGGCCGAGGACGUGAAGCCUAUCGACCUGACGGUGCAGGUGGAGCUCGGGCCCGGGGCCACCGUGGGGCCCGGCCCCGGGAGGCUACCGGCGACAGGGGACGAGGGCCCGUUGGAGGGCGGUCCCCCGGACCACUCGUACUCGCUGUCGUCGGGCACCACGUCUGAGGAGCUGCUGAGGAAGUUGAACGAGCAGCGCGACAUCAUCGCGCUGCUGGAGGUGAAGAUGAAGGAGAUGAAGGGCAGCAUCCGCCGUCUGCGCCUUGCCGAGGCCCAGCUCCGUGAGGAGAUCCGCGAGAAGGAUCGGCUGCUCCACGCCGCCAGCGCCGGGACCCGCAAGCGCCACGGCGUCUGA